CGCAAAGGGUUUAAGAGCUGUUCAUCGCUCAUAUACUGAAUGAUACCAUUCCACCGAGAACGAAGAUUUUAGCAGUUCAGAUAUGGAGAGAACUCCAGCAGCUUGUGCCAUGGAUUGGAGCAUUCAUCUCGACAAAGCCCUACGCUCCAACAACCCCGGCAAACGAAUGGAAGCCAUACGAGAGGUUGGGGAUAGGCUGGAGAGGUGGAACAAGGAACCCGAGCUUUCAAUGGCUGAAUUUGACAUGUUUGGCUUAGUCCCUGGAGAAGAUAAGCUAUUUGCAAAUGCCAUCCUUCUCCGGUUAGCAGACACAUUUAUGUCCGGUGACAAACAGACCAAGCUUUGUGUUGUAAAGAUCUUCUUGAGUGAGCUGAAGCACAGGAAAACAAAAGGUUUCAAUAGAAAAAACAAAGGAAUUCUGCUUAAAAAUAAAGUAGAGAAUCACUUGGAACUUUUGAGAAGAGUAAAAGUGUGUUUUAACUCUGGUGAUGAGGAUGUUAGAGCACUGGCGUUAGCUCUUUUUGGUUGCUGGUCUGACUUUGCUAAAGAUAAUGCAGACAUUCGUUAUCUUAUCUUAUCUAGUGUUGUAUCAUGCCAUUUUCUAGAGGUCAAGGCCUCAUUAUUUGCUGCUGGAUGCUUUUGUGAGUUUUCAGAUGACUUUGCUCGUGUUCUUCUGGAGAUGUUAGUAAACAUGGUUUCAUCUCCUGAGAUGCCAAUUGCUAGUAGAGUAGCAGGAGUUCGUGCUUUUUCAAAACUUGGAAGAUCUUCAACUUUAAAUAGCAAAGCUUACGAGGAGGGGCUAAAGCUGAUUUUAUGUUCAAUGGAAGAUGAUAUUGUGACAAAUAUGAUGAUUUCACUUUCCAUAAUUGCUUCCAGAUCAUCAAUCUUGAUUUCCAGGCAGGUAGACCUUCUUCUUUCAUUUCUAAGCCAAGAUAAGGCAAUACCACUUCAAGCAACAUCAUUAAGAUGUCUACAUAUUUUAUUAUCAAGAACACGCUUUUGUUUUUCUCCUCCUACAGACCUGAUCACUGCAAUUUUCACUAUGCUAAAUGGCAAACUCCCACCACCCAUGCAGUCUGAUGCCCUGCAUAUUUUCUAUGAGUUCCUCUUGUCCAAGAUGUUAACUUUCAGUUGUUCUGAAAUGAAAGAUUCUUUCACCAAGCUAUUAACUGUUGUUGAGAUUAUGAUGCAAUCUCCAUUGUUAUCUAUCAGACUCUUUGCCAUUUAUGCUCUCUCAGAUAUAUCUGGAAAGUUCACAAGAAGAGCCAUGUCAUAUGAUGAAGUUGGUAGUAAAACCAUGGCAUCCCAAGCUAUCUCAUUUCUCAUGACUCGGAUCACCUUGCUGGCGAACUCUCAAUCUGACAUGGAAAUUGAUCAAGAAAUUUUGGGAUUACUCAAAACCAUUUUUCUCCUUGUAAACAAAUGCCCUAAUCUUGAUGAAUUUGCUCUAAAUGAAAUCCAUCUUUUUAUCAACCGGAUACUGAACAAGGAUGAUGGAGUUUUCAUUUUGCCAUGUCAUCUCAUGUCAAAGCUUGUGGUGCGUAUAUCAAAAGUGGUCAAUCUGUGUCUAAAAAAACUAAUGAAAACUGGACCUUUGAGUAUCCAAGUUCAGAAUGUUGUGAAACUUCUGAUUGAAGAUGUGUGUGGGUCCAGCUAUCUUGAUUGCUAUGUGCACAUUCUCUACUAUCUUUUGUUGCAUCCUCAUACUAGUUCCAAUUUUGAUGAGUCAUACCUAAUUAAAAAUGACAUUCUUGCCCUUGAGAAAGCAAAGGAACUUUUAACAAAAGACAAGUGGUCUGCUUACAGGAUUGGAAAAUAUGCAGCGUGUAAGGGAGCAUGGUUUACUGCUGGUUUUAUCUUUGGAGAAUUAGUAACCAUGGUUAGUUUUGAUUCCUUUCACCACUGGUUAACAUCUUUGACUUUAUUCACCUAUUCAGAAAUGAAAAUCCAGUAUUUCAGUUCCCCAAAACAACAUUCACUUUUGUUAAAUUGGUUAAACUCCAACAGAUCUUCUUCUUCACCAGAUUUAAGCGAAACAAACAUUGAAAACCUUGAUGGGGUUUGUAAACUUCUUCAGUCUUCAAAGAAUAUACUGUCUACCAAUGGUGUGAUGCCAAGUCAUCAACACUACUUCCAUAUCCAGUUUUUGUCUCUAAGAUCAAAAGUUAUGGAAACUGUAGCCCAUAUCUUUAAGCUCUUGGGUACUCUAACUGUUUCCUUUCAACCACUUGAACAGCUAUCUAAACGUCUAUUGAAACUAGCACAUGAGUAUGAUCUAUUUGCCACGUCAUUCAUUGACAUGGAUCACACAAGUAGAAUGUUAAUAUCAUCACAUGCAUUAAGUUGUUCAGUCUUGGCCUUCAUUAUUAAUGAUUCACAGAAGUUGCAGAUUGACUUUGAUGCUAUGCUUAUACAUGACCUUAUGUCACGGAUUUGGAAUAUAGACAGGGAGACAUGUAAAGAGCUCAUGUUGCUUCUAGAAACUUCUUUUGGUCAAUGUGUUCCACAAUCUAAAAGUUUGGAGAACGUGUAUGAAGUAACAAGUAUUAUCAGGAUCUGUCUAAAUGUAGCAAAAAGAAGGUGUGACAACAAUGAUAGGUUGGAGUUUGUAGUGGAUACUGUGAAGAAUUGGUUGAAAAUUUCCUUAAGGACUCCAAAAUAUUUGUUUCGUGUAAAGCCAUGUGUGUCUUGUGAGCUUUUUGCCAUGAAUAGAGACUCUGGAAAUGGUGGAAGGAUCUGUGUGAUGCCAGGGUAUCACCUUCAUCUAGAUCUAUGCCUUCAGUUGUGUGACAUUUCACCAGAAUAUAGGACUCGGUUGACUAAACUUUAUUGCAUACUUCAAUGUAAAAUGUCGUAUGAGCUACCUGGUCAAAGUAGAGGCGAUAAAAGUCAAACGGAUGAUGAUGAUGAUGAUGAUGAUGAGAUGGUGGAGUUGAGUGAAAAGCUAGCGAAGUAUGUGAAUAAUGGAGAUAGGGUUGGUGGUUAUGAUAAAGAUAGGGAGAUUGUGGAAAGGAUUGUGUGUUUUAGAGUUAAUGGGGAAGGACAAGGAUUUGGGAGUUGUAUGGUUGAUGUUUGUAGGUUUGGUUUGGGGUGUUAUGAAAUCAAAUGGCGUGCUGGUUGUUUGGAUGUGGAUGGUUCCUUUUGGAGCCUCAACUCUUCAAAUUCUGCUCUAUUUUUCACUGUAGAGAAGAAAUGAAGUGAAACUCAUCUUUCUCGUUGCCUUUGAUCGUAUGUUAUUACAAAUAUAUACAACGUAAAUGAUAUAACCCAUCUACCCGGAUAAUUAGAGAGCUUAACUUGAUAUAAGAUACAAAGAUAUGUAAAUUGAGUCGUGAUUGUGCCCA